AUGCACAUCCGAAAAUCAUGGAAGGCAGUCUUCAUUCUGCUCAACCAUGGCUUCAUGCUCUUCUCCCCAGCGAUUGCAGCUGGGAAUAUUCCUCCAUCUGCGGCAAAGCAUAGCCUCGUCUUCGACGCAGCGGUGGAUGAUAUCCAAAGAGACCCCACUUCUGUGAAUCCCGGCCUUGUGUUGCGAGCAGCUCCACCAAAGAAAGACGAGAAAAAAUGUGACCGAUGUCGGCCACGGUGCAAGCGAAUGACGAUUCAUGACCGCAAAGAUUGCACGAAAUGCAACCAAUGCCCGCCUAGGACGCAUCCAGACCCGAAACAGAAGGAGUGCCUCCGCGACAGCAAAGAAGACAAGAAGAAGAAGUUUGAGGACAAGAAGGACAGGGAAAAGCGAGACUAUAACUUCGAGAAGAACUAUCACAAAUUCCAACCCAAGCCAUUGAGAUUGCGGAGGAAGGUGACUGUCGAAAGGAGAAAAUACAAGGAGCUUCAGGAUAUAAAGAGUGAUAAGCUCAAUCGCUUGAAAGUACGCCGCCUUGGGAGAUGUGCUCUCCUCACACCCCUAGCCAUAGGCGGAGAAGCAAUCCAAAAGUACAGCACUGGCUUUUUUGACGAAAACUUCAUGGAAAGCAUGCAGCUCCUCGACCUCUGGCCUGAGGAACUGAAAGAUGUUGAUCCAAAAUUCCUGGACCAAAACGUAUUUACAGAAGAAUAUCUCGACAAAUACGUGGACUUUGCGGAAGAAAACUAUGCCAAGAGGUCCAUCAAUGACGCUGCUUCAGAGGACCAAGUGCAUCGCGACGAUCAACAGGAGACGGGGCUAAUCGUCAGUCCAUCAACCCGAGAUCUUUCCAUUCGUUCCACCGGGGCCGUCGAUGUUGGGCGCCGAUGUGGAGUUUUUUGUAUCCUCAUACCCAUCGCUGCAGCCAUUGCACGAACCAUUGCCAGAGUUGCCGCUCGGGCUGCUGCCAGAGCUGCCGCCAGAGCUGCCGCUAAGGCAGUUAGCAAAAUCCUUAAAGACAUCGCCAAGAACAUCAAACUUACCCAGGGCAAAGGGAAAAACACUUAUCGGGAGCAAAAGGAUGGGGCAAGGGAGAUAUCAAAGAACCGGAAUUGGAUGGGAUGCCUUCGCGGGAACAAUCCCACGAAGUGA